AAGUGGUGCCAAACCGGCCGGUGUUGCUAACAUCUUUGUAGAACCAAGUAGCUAGUACCACUCAGCUAACAAUGGUGGGUGUGGGUAUGGGUUCCACAAAGCGUGGCCUUGUGUGGUGCGUCGGCCUGCUCGUCGCCGGGCUUGUCCUCCUGGCGGCGGAGGCAGAUUUCUGCUCCGAGGACUGCCGUGGCAAGACCCAUUUCUUGGGCUGUGCCCGUCGGUGCAGAUCUCAGCUUGAGGUUCUGGCGGCCAUGGCGGCGCGGCUCUCGGAUGCAUGCCAGGACUUUUGCCAUAGCCACGAGCACUUUGACUGGUGCGUCCGUCGCUGCCGGUUUGGGCCGCAUCUUAGGCUUGCCGCUGCCGGUGGGGAAUCAGAAGAAGCAAGCGGAGGAGGAAAUGAUGACCUGAGGGCGACGGCGGCGGCGAGGAUCCCGGACAGAUGCGUAUUCUUCUGCGGUGACCGGGUCCGGGUGGAGGACUUCAACUCAUGCCUCUUUACCUGCCGGACCGGAGCGCCCGUGCAUCAUAAGUUUGCCGGCGGUGGGGCCGGGGAAUCAACGACACAAGAAGAAGAAGAAGAAGAAGCGCCAGGAGGAGCGGUUCAUGUCCGGGCGGCGGCGGCACAGGUGCAGCAUGAGGCUGCUGCUGCAGCACAGCCGAUGAAUACCGACCCGUGCGAGGCCUACUGCAAAACGCAUGCUCGAGAUUUUCCCGCCAAGUACGAUGUCUGCGUGCGCCAGUGCCGUUCUGGUGGGCACCCAGGAGGGGAAACAAUGGCACAAGAUGAAGAAGCAAUCCGAGGAUCAGCAGUUGAUGUCUCGGCGCCGGCGGCAAAUGAGGCUGUCGCAGCAGGAGCACGGCCGAUGAAAAAUACCGACCCGUGCGAUGACUACUGCGUGGAGCAAACUCGUUAUUUUCCCAGGCCCGGGCAGUUCUUCGAUUGCGUCGAGGAGUGCCACGCUGGUCACGGUAGGCUCGCCGGCGACGGCAGGAGUGGGAUCCUCCGCCGCGUCAAGCAAGAAUCAUAGAAGAAGGACGGCGAAGCACCGGCAACAUAGCCAUGGAAGACUCUUAUCUCUUGAUGAGCUUAUAUUAAGCUAGCUCGUUUCUUUUUCAAAAUAAAUAACGGUCGAUUGGCCGUGCGUGCCGGUGGAGUCUGUUCCUGUGCCGUCGCGAUCUCUAGUUGCUUGCUUUAGUUCUGUUACUAUGUAAGUUACAAAUAAAUUUAUGGAAUUGCAGAAUGAUAUA